UGCCCGUGACGGCGCUGCGUCACGGGCUUUCAGGCGCUUGUUCCCGGAGACGGUUACUGCUGCGGGCCUUAGCGCCGGCCUCUCGCGUCCUGGGGCCAGGUCGGCGGCGCGAUGAGGCGCAGCAAGGCCGAGGUGGAGCGCUACAUCGCCUCGGUGCAGGGCCUCGCUCCGUCGCCCCGAGAGAAGUCAAUGAAAGGAUUCUAUUUUGCGAAGCUCUACUAUGAAGCUAAAGAAUACGAUCUUGCUAAAAAAUACAUAUCUACAUACAUUAAUGUGCAAGAAAGGGAUCCCAAAGCUCACAGGUUUCUCGGUCUUCUUUAUGAAGCGGAGGAAAACAUAGACAAAGCUGUUGAAUGUUACAAGCGUUCAGUGGAUUUAAACCCAACACAAAAAGAUCUUGUGUUGAAGAUUGCAGAAUUGCUUUGUAAAAAUGAUGUUACUGAUGGAAGAGCAAAAUGUUGGGUUGAAAGAGCAGCAAAGCUUUUCCCAGGAAGUCCUGCAGUUUAUAGACUAAAGGAACAGCUUUUAGAUUGUAAAGGUGAAGAUGGAUGGAAUAAACUUUUUGACUUGAUUCAGUCAGAACUUCAUGCAAGACCUGAUGAUGUCUAUGUGAACAUUCGACUAGUAGAGCUGUAUCGCUCAAAUAAAAGAUUGAAGGAUGCUGUGGCCCACUGCCAUGAAGCAGAGAGAAACAUAGCUUUGCGUUCAAGUUUAGAAUGGAAUUCGUGUGUUGUACAGACGCUUAAGGAAUAUCUGGAGUCUUUACAGUGUUUGGAGUCUGAUAAUUGUAACUGGCAAACAACCAAUAACGACUUACUGCUGGCCUAUGCUAACCUUAUGUUCCUUACACUCUCCACUAGAGAUGUGCAAGAAAGCAGAGAAUUAUUGGAAAGUUUUGAUAGUACUCUUCAGUCUGUGAAAUCUUGCGUGGGUGGAAAUGAUGAACUCUCAGCUACUUUCUUAGAAAUAAGAGGACAUUUCUACAUGCACGCUGGUUCUCUGCUUUUGAAGAUGGGUCAGUAUAGUGAUGUGCAAUGGCGAGCUCUCUCUGAACUGGCUGCGUUGUGCUAUCUCAUAGCAUUUCAGGUUCCAAGACCAAAGAUUAAAUUAAUGAAAGGAGAAGGUGGACAAAAUCUACUGGACUCGAUGGCCUAUGAUCGCCUGAGCCAAUCAGGGCACAUGCUGCUAAACUUAAGUCGUGAAAAGCAAGAUUUUUUAAAGGAGGUUGUAGAAUCCUUUGCCAAUAAAAGUGGACAGUCUGCAUUGUAUGAUGCUCUGUUUUCCAGUCAGUCACCAAAGGAUAACUCUUUCCUUGGUAGUGAUGAUAUUGGAAACAUUGAUGUACAAGUACCAGAGCUUGGUGAUUUGGCUAGAUAUGGUAUUGGUGCCAUUCGAGCACAUAAUGGUAACCUUCAGCACCUUACCUGGCUUGGCUUACAGUGGACUUCAUUGCCUGCCUUACCUGCUAUUCGAAAAUGGCUAAAACAGCUUUUUCAUCAUUUGCCCCAGGAAACCUCAAGACUUGAAACAAAUGCACCUGAAUCAAUAUGCAUUUUAGAUCUUGAAGUGUUUCUACUUGGAGUAAUAUGUACCAGCCACUUACAAUUAAAGGAGAAAUGUAGUUCUCACUACAACUUCUAUCAGCCACUAUGCUUGCCCCUUCCUGUGUGUAAACAGCUUUGUACAGAGAGACAAAAAUCUUGGUGGGAUGCAGUUUGUAAUCUGAUUCACAGGAAAGCAAUCCCUGGAACCUCAGCAAAAUUGCGACUUCUAGUUCAGCGUGACAUAAAUACUCUAAGGGGCCAGGGAAAACACGGCCUUCAACCCGCUCUGCUUAUAUAUUGGGCACAGUACCUUCAGAAAACGGGCAACGGUCUUAAUUCUUUUUAUGAUCAACGGGAAUACAUAGGCAGAAGUGUUCAUUACUGGAAGAAGGUUUUGCCGUUGUUGGAGAUGAUCAAAAAGAAGAGCAGUAUUCCUGAACCUAUUGAUCCUCUGUUUAAACAUUUUCAUAGUGCGGACAUCCAGGCAUCUGAAAUUGGGGAAUAUGAAGAAGAAGCACACAUAACAUACGCUAUAUUGGAUGCAGUUAAUGGAAAUACAGAAGAUGCUAUGACUGCUUUUGAGUCUAUAAAAAACGUUGUUUCUUAUUGGAAUCUUGCACUGAUUUUUCACAGAAAAGCAGAAGACAUUGAAAAUGAUGCCCUUUCUCCUGAAGAACAAGAAGAAUGCAAAAAUUAUCUGAGAAAGACGAGGGACUACCUAAUAAAGAUUUUAGAUGACAGUGAUUCAGAUUUUUCAGUCAGGAAAUUGCCCGUGCCCCUGGAGACUGUAAAAGAGAUGUUUAGUUCAGUCAUGCAGGAACUUGAUGACUACAGUGAAGGAGGUCCUCUUUAUAAAAAUGGUUCUUUGCAAAAUGCAGAUUCAGAAAUAAAACAUUCUACACCGUCACCCACCAAAUACUCUCUAUCACCAAGUAAAAGUUACAAGUAUUCUCCUAAAACACCGCCUCGAUGGGCAGAAGAUCAAAAUUCUUUACUGAAAACAAUCUACCAACAAGUAGAGGCCAUUAAGAAAGAAAUGCAAGAAUGGAAACGAAAUAGCAGUAACUCAGGGUCCCCUCAUCGCUGGCCUACAGAAUGUUAUGGACCAGAUUCAGUGCCUGAUGGAUAUCAGGGAUCCCAGUCUUUUCAUGGGGUUCCACUAACAGUUGCAACUACUGGCCCUCCAGUGUAUUAUAGUCAGUCACCAGCAUAUAAUUCCCAGUGUCUUCUCAGACCAGCUGCUGAUGUUACUCCCACAAAGGGUCCAGUUUAUGGCGUGAAUAGGCUUCCACCUCAACAGCAUAUUUAUAACUGUCCACCGCAGAUGCACACGCCACCCGUGCAAAGCACAUCUGCCUGUAUGUUCUCCCAGGAGCUGUACGGCCCUGCACUGCGCUUUGAGUCUCCUGCCGCAGGGAUUUUGCCCCCCAGGGGGGAUGAUUACUUCACUUACAAUGUUCCGCAGACGAGCACAAACCCACCUCUGCCAGAACCAGGUUACUUCACAAAACCUCCCGUUCCAGCUCAGCCUUCAAGAUCUGCAGAAUCUAAAGUUACAGAAUUUGGAAAAACUAAUUUUGUUCAGCCCCUGCCAGGUGAAGGAAUAAGGCCAUCUUUGACAGCACCUGCACAUACAACACAGCCACCUCUUUUUAAAUUUAACUCAAAUUUCAAGUCAAAUGAUGGCGACUUCACGUUUUCCUCACCGCAGGUCGUGACACAGCCCCCUUCCAUGGCUUACAGUAAUAGCGAAAGUCUGUUAGGUCUCCUGACUUCAGAUAAACCUUUGCAAGGAGAUGGUUACGGUGGAGCAAAAGGUGGUCAAACCAUGGGACCUCGAAGUACAUUCAAUUUUGGAUGCAAAAAUGUACCUGACUUUUCCUUUACUGAAAACAUGGAUCCAAAUCAGCAAAAGAAUUCUGAUUUUCGUCGAAGUGAUGAUAUGUUUACUUUCCAUGGUCCAGGGAAAUCACUGUUUGGAACACCUGUUCCAGAGCUGGCCAGCAAAAAUCAUGAAACAGAUGGAGGGAGUACCCAUGGUGAUGAUGAUGAUGACGGCCCUCACUUUGAGCCUGUGGUACCUCUUCCUGAUAAGAUUGAAGUAAAAACUGGUGAGGAAGAUGAAGAAGAAUUCUUUUGCAAUCGUGCAAAAUUGUACCGUUUUGAUACAGAAUCCAAAGAAUGGAAGGAACGUGGAAUUGGCAAUGUGAAAAUCCUGAGGCAUAAAACAUCUGGUAAAAUUCGCCUUCUAAUGAGACGAGAGCAAGUGUUAAAAAUCUGUGCAAAUCAUUACAUCAGUCCAGAUAUGAAACUGACACCAAAUGCGGGAUCAGACAAAUCUUUCGUGUGGCACGCUCUUGAUUAUGCAGAUGAGUCGCCCAAACCAGAGCAACUUGCUAUUAGAUUCAAGACUCCUGAGGAAGCAGGACUUUUUAAGUGCAAGUUUGAAGAGGCCCAGAACAUUUUAAAAGCCUCAGGAGCAAAGAUAGCCACACCACCAAAUCAGGCUAUGAGAAUGGUAAAAGAACCCACAAGUCAUGAUAACAAGGAUAUUUCCAUAUCUGAUAUCAGAAACAUUAAUUUUGAAUUUCAAGUAGCAAAGAAAGAAGGAUCUUCGUGGCUUUGUAACAGCUGCUCAUUAAAGAAUCCUCCAACUGCUAAGAAAUGUAUUUCAUGCCAGAAUCUAAACCCAAGCAGUAAAGAGCUCUUUGGACCACCAUUAGUUGAAACUGUUUCUGCUUUUAAAACGGGCCCAGAAAAUACUCCAGAUAGGUUUGCAUUCAUGACUCCAAAGAAAGACGGUCACUGGGAUUGUAAUACUUGUUUAGUGAGAAAUGAACCUACUGUAUCUAGAUGCAUUGCAUGCCAGAAUGCAAAGUCUCCUAACCAAAGUGGAUCUUCAUUUGUUCAGCAACCUUCCUUUAAAUUUGGCCAGAGAGAUCUUCCUAAGUCUGUUAAUGACUUCGCAUCUGUUUUUUCAGUGAAGGAAGGACAGUGGGAUUGCAGUAUAUGCCUCGUCCAAAAUGAAGGCAGCUCUGCAGUAUGUGUUGCUUGUCAAAAUCCAAGAAAACAAAGUUUACCUACUGCUUCUGUUCCAACAUCUUCUUUUAAGUUUGGUGAUUCAGAGAUGAGUAAAACUCCCAAGAGUGGAUUUGAGGACAUGUUUUCUAAGAAGGAUGGACAGUGGGAUUGCAGUUCAUGCUCAGUACGAAAUGAAGCAAAUGCUACAAAUUGUAUUGCUUGUCAGAAUCCAGCUAAAGCGAGUGUGACACCUUCCCCUUUCAAGUUUGGUACUUCAGAGACAAGCAAGGCCACAAAGAGUGGAUUUGAAGGAAUGUUCACCAAGAAGGAAGGACAGUGGGAUUGCAAUACAUGCCUCAUACGAAAUGAAGGCAGCUCUGCAACAUGUGUUGCUUGUCAGAAUCCAAGAAAACAAAGUUUACCUACUCCUUCUGUUCCAACACCUUCUUUUAAGUUUGGUGAUUCAGAGAUGAGUAAAACUCCCAAGAGUGGAUUUGAGGACAUGUUUUCUAAGAAGGAUGGACAGUGGGAUUGCAGUUCAUGCUCAGUACGAAAUGAAGCAAAUGCUACAAAUUGUAUUGCUUGUCAGAAUCCGGGUAAAGCGAGUCUGACACCUGCCUCUUUCAAGUUUGGUACUUCAGAGACAAGCAAGGCCACAAAGAGUGGAUUUGAAGACAUGUUUUCUAAGAAGGAUGGACAGUGGGAUUGCAGUUUGUGCUCAGUACGAAAUGAAGCAAAUGCUACAAAUUGUAUUGCUUGUCAGAAUCCGGGUAAAGCGAGUCUAACACCUGCCUCUUUCAAGUUUAGUAGUUCAGAGCCAAGCAAGGCCACAAAGAGUGGAUUUGAAGGACUGGUCACCAAGAAGGAAGGACAGUGGGAUUGUAGUGUUUGCUUUGUGGAAAAUGAGAGUUCUUCCUUAAAAUGUGUGGCUUGUGCUGCCUCUAAACCAACUCAUAAACCUAUUGCAGAAGCUCCUUCAGCUUGCACAUUUGGCUCAAAAACUAAGUUAAAUGACUCUUCUGGAAGUCAGGCUGGAACAGGAUUUAAAAGUAACUUUUCAGAAAAAGCUUUUCAAUUUGGCAUCACAGAACAAGGAUUUAAAUUUGGGCAUGUGGAUCAAGAAAAUACGCCUUCAUUUCCAUUUCAGGAUUCUUCUGAUACGGACUCUAAGUCAACAACAGAAGGAUUUAAUUUUUCUAUUCCUGUGUUUGCCAAUGGAUUUAAAUUUGGCAUUCAGGAGCCGGGAAAUCAAGAGGAAAAGAGUGAAAAAUCCCUUGAAAAUGACGCUGGUUUUCAGGCUCAGGAUGUUAGCAGUCAGAAGAAUGAUAAUGGUGUGAUUUUUGGUCAGACUGGUAACACUUUUACCUUUGCAGAUCUUGCAAAAUCAGCUUCAGGAGAAGGAUUUCAAUUUGGCAAAAAGGACCCUAAUUUCAAGGGAUUUUCAGGUGCUGGGGAAAAAUUAUUCUCAUUGCAAAGUGGGAAGGUGGCUGAUAAAGCUGACACUUCUGACCUUGAGAAGGAUGAUGAUGCCUAUAAAACUGAAGACAGUGAUGACAUCCAUUUUGAACCAGUAGUUCAAAUGCCUGAAAAAGUGGAACUUGUAACAGGAGAAGAAGAUGAAAAAGUUCUUUAUUCCCAGCGGGUCAAAUUGUUUAGGUUUGAUGCUGAGAUAAGUCAGUGGAAAGAAAGGGGUUUGGGGAACUUAAAAAUUCUCAAAAAUGAAGUCAAUGGCAAACUAAGAAUGCUGAUGCGAAGAGAACAAGUACUAAAAGUGUGUGCUAAUCAUUGGAUAACGACGACAAUGAACCUGAAGCCUCUCUCUGGGUCAGAUAGAGCGUGGAUGUGGUUAGCUAGUGAUUUUUCUGAUGGUGAUGCAAAACUAGAGCAGCUGGCAGCAAAAUUUAAAACACCAGAGCUGGCUGAAGAAUUCAAGCAGAAAUUUGAGGAAUGCCAGCGACUUCUAUUAGAUAUACCACUUCAAACUCCCCAUAAACUGGUAGAUACUGGCAGAGCUGCCAAGUUAAUACAGAGAGCUGAAGAAAUGAAGAGUGGACUAAAAGAUUUCAAAACAUUUUUGACAAAUGAUCAAACAAAAGUUACUGAGGAAGAGAGUAAGAGUUCAGAGGCUGGUGCCACCAGCGCUUCAGACACAACCACCAAGCCAAAUCCUGAAAACACCGGGCCCACAUUAGAGUGGGAUAACUAUGAUUUAAGGGAAGAUGCCUUGGAUGAUAGUGUAAGUAGUAGCUCAGUACAGGCCUCUCCACUGGCAAGUAGCCCUGUGAGAAAAAAUCUCUUCCGCUUUGGUGAGUCAACAACAGGAUUUAACUUUAGUUUUAAAUCUGCUUUGAGUCCAUCCAAGUCUCCUGCCAAGUUGAAUCAGAGUGGGACCUCAGUUGGCACCGAUGAAGAAUCUGAUGUUACUCAAGAAGAAGAGAGAGAUGGACAGUACUUUGAACCUGUUGUACCUUUACCGGAUCUAGUUGAAGUGUCCAGUGGUGAGGAAAAUGAACAAGUUGUUUUCAGUCACAGAGCAAAACUCUAUAGAUAUGAUAAAGAUGUUGGUCAGUGGAAAGAAAGAGGCAAUUGGUGAUAUAAAGAUUUACAGAAUUACGAUAACAAGCAAGUUCGCAUAGUGAUGAGAAGGGACCAGGUAUUAAAACUUUGUGCCAAUCACAGAAUCACUCCAGACAUGACUUUGCAAAACAUGAAAGGGACAGAAAGAGUGUGGGUGUGGACUGCAUGUGAUUUUGCAGACGGAGAAAGAAAAGUAGAACAUUUAGCUGUCCGUUUUAAACUACAGGAUGUUGCAGACUCAUUUAAGAAAAUAUUUGAUGAAGCAAAAAUAGCUCAAGAGAAAGAUUCUUUGAUAACACCUCAUGUUUCUCUUUCGACCACUUCCAGAGAGUCACCAUGUGGCAAAAUUGCUGUAGCUGUAUUAGAAGAAACCACAAGAGAGAGGACAGAUUUACUGCAGGCUGAUGAUAUAGCAAAUGCAGCUUCCGAAGUGGGAGAAAUGUCUAGCACAUCUGAAACAACAACAAAAGCAGUGGUUUCUCCUCCAAAGUUUGUAUUUGGUUCAGAGUCUGUUAAAAGCAUUUUUGGUAGUGAAAAAUCAAAGCCAUUUGCAUUUGGUAACAGUUCAGCUACUGGAUCUUUGUUUGGAUUUAGUUUUAAUGUACCUUUAAAAAAUAACAACACCGAAACCAGUUCAGUAGUCCGAAGUGGAUCUGAAAGAGAAAUGGAACCUAAUAAUUGCGAGGAGUCAAAAGACUCUGACACCAAACAAUCUUCAGAUGGCAAAGUCAGAAAUAUCUCUGCUUCAUUUCCAAAGGAAGAAUUCUCAACUAAUCACAUGUUUAAAACAGCAGAGAAGGCAAAAGAAAAGAAAAAACCUGAAGAUUCUUCCUCAGAUGACGAUGUUCUCAUUGUAUAUGAGCUAACCCCAACCCCUGAGCAAAAAGCUCUUGCAAGCAAACUUAAACUUCCUCCAACUUUCUUCUGUUAUAAGAAUAGACCAGAUUACGUUAGCGAAGAAGACGACGAUGAUGAAGAUUUUGAAACAGCUGUCAAGAAACUUAAUGGAAAACUGUAUCUGGAUGACUCAGAAAAAUGUAGACCAUUAGAAAAAAAUCUAACAGAAAAUGAGAAAGAAUGUGUUAUUGUUUGGGAAAAGAAACCAACAGUGGAAGAGAAGGCAAAAGCGGAUACAUUAAAACUUCCACCUACGUUUUUCUGUGGAGUCUGCAGUGAUACUGACGAGGACACCGGAAAUGGGGAAGACUUCCAGUCAGAGCUUCAAAAAGUUAAGGAAGCUCAAAAAUCCCAGAAUGAGGAAAUAACUACCACAGCCGACAGUGUGUGUACAGAUGAAACUAAAGAGACUGUACCAUUAUUAUGUAAAUCUGAAGAAUCUGAUUUUAUUACCAAAUCUAUUAGUUCACCACCUGUUUCUUCUGGAACUGUGGACAAACCUGUAGAUUUGUCUACUAGAAAGGAAGAUGAUGCAGAUUCUGUAAGCCAAGUGGAAAGCAAAACGAUUUCAUUUGGAUUUGGAAGUAGCACAGGGCUGUCAUUUGCGGACUUGGCUUCCAGUAAUUCUGGGGAUUUUGCUUUUGGUUCCAAAGAUAAAAAUUUCCAGUGGGCAAAUACUGGAGCAACUGUGUUUGGAACACAGUCAACCAGUAAAGUUGGUGAAGAAGAAGACGGUAGUGAUGAAGAAGUAGUUUAUAAUGAAGAUAUCCAUUUUGAACCAAUAGUGUCCUUACCAGAGGUAGAAGUAAAAUCUGGAGAAGAAGAUGAAGAAAUUUUAUUUAAAGAGAGAGCUAGGCUUUACAGAUGGGAUCGAGAUGUCAGUCAGUGGAAGGAGCGUGGUGUUGGAGACAUUAAGAUUCUUUGGCAUACACUGAAGAAUUACUACCGGAUCCUAAUGAGAAGAGACCAAGUCUUUAAAGUGUGUGCCAACCAUGUCAUUACCAAAACAAUGGAAUUAAAACCCUUAAAUGUUUCAAACAAUGCCUUAGUGUGGACUGCCUCAGAUUAUGCUGAUGGAGAAGCCAAAGUAGAACAGCUUGCAGUGAGAUUUAAAACUAAAGAAAUGACUGAUUGUUUUAAGAAAAAAUUUGAAGAAUGUCAACAGAAUUUAUUGAAACUCCAGAAGGGACAGUUAUCACUGACAGCAGAAUUAUCAAGAGAGACAAAUCCUGUGGUGUUUUUUGACAUUUGUGCAGAUGAUGAACCUUUAGGACGUAUAACCAUGGAAUUAUUUGCAAACAUGGUUCCUGUCACUGCUGAAAACUUCAGAGCACUGUGCACUGGAGAGAAGGGCUUUGGUUUCAAGAACUCCAUUUUUCACAGAGUAAUUCCAGAUUUCGUUUGCCAAGGGGGAGAUAUCACCAACCAUGAUGGAACAGGAGGACGGUCCAUUUAUGGAGAUAAAUUUGAAGAUGAAAGUUUUAAUGUGAAACAUACUGGUCCUGGCUUACUAUCGAUGGCUAAUCGAGGCCGAGAUACCAAUAAUUCUCAGUUUUUUAUAACACUAAAAAAAGCAGAACAUUUGGACUUUAAGCAUGUAGUAUUUGGGUUUGUUAAGGAUGGCAUGGAUACUGUGAAAAAGAUUGAAUCAUUUGGUUCUCCUACAGGGUCUGUUAGUCGAAAAAUUAGUAUCACAGAAUGUGGACAGAUAUAAAAUCACUGUUUUUCAUAGUAAAAUUUUACCUGUAUAAACAGUUGAAUUGAAGCUUAGCUGUUAUGACAAUAUGGUAAUUAUGUUCAGCUUUUGAAAAUGGACGUUUCCAAUGUAUAAAUGUAAAAUUGCAGCUUAUAGCUGUUGUCACUUUUUAAUGUGUUAUAAUUGACCUUGCAUGGUGUGAAAUAAAAGUUAAACACUGG